GGAUGUAAGGUGUUGUAUUGAAGUGGUGUUUGUGUCUCUGUCCCGUACAAGAAAUGGUGCGAAAAUUAACUAGCUUUUUCCCGAAAUCACCGAUACGAUGUUCGUUUUCUACAGUAAAUGAAACUAAACCACUCUCAAACAUCGAAAUAAAGGGAAAAUCAUAUAGUCGAGAUGAGUGGACAAAUGUAACACCCAAAGUUCUAUCUUAUAUAGGAAAAAACUUACAUUCUCAACCAGGUCAUCCUUUGCAUUUAGUCAAGAAGCGCAUUGUGAACUAUAUGUAUAAGACAUUCGUGGGACGGAGGGGAAAUCCUUUGUUCGCCGUAUUCGAUGAUUUAAGCCCUGUGGUUACCGUCGAACAGAAUUUUGACAGCCUUCUUGUCCCACAUGACCACCCCAGCCGGCAAAAAAGUGAUUGUUACUAUAUAAACAGAAGCAAUUUAUUGCGAGCGCACACUACAGCCCACCAAUCUGAACUUAUUGGCAGUGGUCUAAACAAUUUCCUAAUUAUAGGUGAUGUAUAUCGUAGAGAUGAAAUAGAUUCAAAACAUUAUCCGGCGUUUCACCAAGUCGAUGCUGUCAGGAUAUGCACUCCUGAAGAAGUUUUCAGACACAAGGGAAGUAUGCAGGCAGUAUUUGAAAAGAAAAGUCAGAGAACUGCAGCCAAGCAAGCGUGCCAUACCUUGGCAGCUACAAAACACAUGGAACAUGAAUUGAAACAGACACUUGAAGGAUUAGCAGAAACUCUGUUUGGAUCAGGCUUUCAGUAUAGAUGGGUAGAUACAACAUUUCCUUUUACACACCCAUCUUGGGAGUUGGAGGUAUUACGUGAUGACAACUGGAUGGAAGUUUUGGGCUGUGGAAUUAUGGAGAACGAAAUUCUAGAGAGUGCAGGAGUAAAGGGCCGAAUUGGCUGGGCAUUUGGAUUAGGUCUGGAAAGACUAGCAAUGUGUCUAUAUUCCAUUCCCGACAUUCGUCUCUUCUGGAGCUCCGAUUCUGGCUUCUUGUCACAGUUCAAUGUGAAAGAUCCUGAUACUCAAAUAAAAUAUAAGCCAAUAAGUAUAUACCCUCAGUGCACAAAUGAUAUAAGUUUCUGGUUACCUUCAGAUGAUUCAUUCACACCAAAUGAUUUCUAUGAUUUGGUAAGAACUGUUGGAGGUGAUGUCAUAGAGCAGAUUUCCCUGAUCGAUGAAUUCACCCAUAAAAAGAAAGGAUUAAAAAGUCACUGUUAUCGUAUUGUGUACAGGCAUAUGGGCAGGACACUGACACAGAAAGAAGUAAAUGAAAUACAUAACAGUAUUGCAAGAAUGGCAGAAGAAAUACUGGGUGUUACAAUAAGAUAACAGAAAAAGUUUUAAAAUAAAGUUAUUUAUUAUUACAACUUGAUAAAGAUUUUUUUGAUUCUUUCAACAACAGAGUCACAUUACAUUCAAUAUGGCAUCGAAACAAAUGUAGAACCCAGGCUCUAUUUUCACAAAAGUAUCACAUAUAUUAUAAGUAAGUAUAAUAAACCUGCAUUCCACAAAUUAGAUUUUUUUUAUGUCAACCAAAACAGAAGUCCACUUCCGGCAUGACAAGUAGCAGCAGUUCGGCAGUCCCAAAAGAUACAAACAUAACAGAGUAAUCUCAACAGGUCUUUCUUUGGCAAUGGGGCUAAGUGUUUUUCUCUUACAAAAUGUUCAGUCACCUUUCUCUGGCUUUCAAAGCAAUGAACUUCAGUCAUAUCUGUGCGCUGCAAAAACUGCUACUGCUUUCAAUACCUAAACUUACAGUGUACUUGGACUUCUCAUAAAUUUUUAUUUGACGUGGGUUGCAUUUUAACUGUGUCCUGAAUAAAUGAUUAUAAAAAAUCUGAGAUUUACAAUGUAGAAAAGAAGACAUUUUAUAAACACCUUCAGGCAUUUCCCCACAUUUUCUGUAAGCACAUUUACAAAUGCUUUAUAGUACAUAAAAUGCUCUAGUAAAUCAGCCAUGUGAAUACUAAACUGGCACAAAUCAAACAGUGGAAAAGUAUUGAUAAGAAUAACAGUUAGUAACUCAUAAAACACAAAGCAUUUCCUGUACUAACAACAUUGAUAAUUUCUGUAAACACAAAAAUAAGCAGUCUCUUGUUGCUAUGCAACCAAUGGCUUUAUAGAGAUUCAAUAUUUUUCAAUGAAAGUAAAUGCAAAUAUAUUAUUUGUGUACAACAAUACAAAAAAAGAAAAAGAUAUUCUGAAAGUGCUUAAAACAAAGAGUUGCUGCAAUUAUUUUCCAGUCAUGAACAACUUGUAUACAAUAAUAAAUAACAGAAGCUUCUUAAAUACUGGAUAAAACAUCCAGAUAUAAAAUACUGAAAGAUUCCUUACACAGAUAUAGGAACUAUUCACAAAACAACCAAUGACUACAACUGCCAUGUAAUGCUAAUUGAAUAAGUGAUUAUUUUCUGCAUAAAAAGGACUCUCCACAAAACUACUACAUUCAUAUGUGGAGAUUACAGUUUCUGUAAAGGACAAACUGCAAAAGUUACUACAGCUUUUCCUCACAUUGCAAUCAUCAGCAUCCAUUUCCUUUACGAAAUGCCGAUUAAUAUGAGAUGACAAUAUUUUUGAUAUUAAUUAUCAACAUACAGAAGUCAAAUAGUUGUGAAUGUACAUCAUUUCUUGACACUGCUGUAGUGUAACAAAGUUAAAGUGUUGUGGCUUGACCCCCCUUAUAAUGGCUUUCAUAUGAAGCCUUGCAUCUUGCAUUUUGUUCACCAUUCCCCAGUAUAGCAACUGACAAGUUUCACCUGUCGGCUUACUGUUUUACAGAAUCUAGCAAUUUGCUUGGGUUUUGACAAUUGGAUAAUAACCACCUUUCAACACUUAAAAGCUCCUCGGAUUGAAUCUGGACAAAUUCUGUGGAUUUUAACUGCAAACAUCAAUGGCAGUUCAAUGAACAAACAGUUAUAUUUUUGCAGAAUUUAGUUAUUGGCAUAUUCCUGACUUUACUGCUGCCUUGCUAUAGUGAGUGGCUGACCAAUAUGGAGUCCAACAUUAUUUUAUCAAGAAUAGGAUUUGUCAAUUUCAUGGGAACUGUGACAAUGACUUGGUUCAAAAACAUAUACAAUUUGGUUUGUAAGAUGUCACUCCACUGUACACUAUUGUCCCAAGCAAGCUUUUAGUGUUCAAAAACUUAAUAAGAUACUGGAAAUAGCUUUCUCGGUUGUAUGAAACUGUAAGUCACAUCACCUCCUACUUGAAAAUAGUUCUUCGAGCACUGCACAGCAUGUGAUAAACUACGCUGUUAGUAAUUGUUACAUGAAAUUUUGAAAUGAUUUGACAUUGUAAUAGUCCACAGUUAAAGAGCACAAAAUGUAAAUUCUCUACCUCCAAGACUGUUCCUUGGAAAAAUUUCGUUUGAAUAGUUUGCUUCAUUUCUUAACCAGGAGACAGAGUUGAGUAAUGCUAUCCAUGGGCUCCCAAUUGUCUUCAGGUCUGUAGUACGAUGUGUAGGCAUUGUACGCAAGUCUAUGAAAUAUUUGGGAUGGUAGUAAAAACAGAAACCAUAUAACCUUGCAUAUGAAGCAUUAGCAGUAGAUAAGCUCACAAAAAGGUGUUCUGGCAGAAAAGAAAUGAGACUGGUAACAACAUUAUUAAGGUACUACAUCCAGACAUGAGAGGUGAAUGGGUGUAAAGCCAGUUAAUGCAUUUUCAACUUAAGACCGUAUGAGUAACAACUACACAUUGUUUCAUUUGUGGAAGAAGGGUAGUAGUCCUUUCCAGUUAAUGACGAAUCACAGGCAGUGUUAAAUGGACAUGUGCUCUUUUAACUCCGCCUAAAUCACCUGUCAAUGGCAAACCACGUCUUGCCUAGUAUGGCGGUGCAGGUCUUCCGCACCAUUCCCCUCUGCUGUCAAGAAGCAUGGGAUUUCAUCAUCAUCAUCAUCAUCAUCAUCAUCAUAAUAAUAAAUCACCUGUGCACUGGAAAAGGAGUGACGUCUUUAUUCCAAAAAUGAAAUGGUAUAUGGGUACUACAAAUAUGAUCCUAAGUAAAAAACACAAUAAAACUGUAUUUGAAUUCCUUUACCACUCAGAUACAGAUACAUUGUGAAUUUGUAGUAAGUGCAAUUGAAAUUGAUUAACUCAUUGACAGUGACAAUGAGUUUAACAUGGUCUUGCAUUCCAAAGCAAAAAUGGCAGCGAUCGUACAUUGCAUCAUGGCAAGUGACAUUUAGAAUAUGUUUCGACUGGUGGAAGGGCUGAAUUUAAAUGUACACUGACUCAAAUUUAUUGUGCUUUGAUGGUGGCUAUCAUCAACAGAUCAUACUGGUAAGUAAGUACACAUAUCUGUAGCAUGAGUAGUCUCUCAUGGGCCAAAUCUCAUACACAGCAUUUGCAAAUGGAGGGCAAGAAUACA